GAGUUGUUGCUCUGGGUUACAGCUUCCCAUGGCAUCUGGACCCAGCAUGAUGAACCCCAUCUGUCUGGUAAAAAGACAGAACAGCCAGAUGACAGUAAAUCCAAAUGCACUGAAGAUUCUUGACCAGAUAUCUCAGCCUGUGGUGGUGGUGGCCAUUGUAGGGCCAUAUCGGAUGGGAAAGUCCUACCUGAUGAAUCGCCUGGUGGGACAGAACCAUGGUUUCUUUCUGGGCUCCACGGUGAGGUCUGAAACGAAGGGCAUCUGGAUGUGGUGUGUGCCCCACCCCUCCAAGGAGAGCCACACCCUGGUCCUUCUGGACACUGAGGGCCUGGGUGAUGUGGAAAAGGGUGACUCCAAGAGUGACUCAUGGACCUUCGCCCUGGCUGUGCUUCUGAGCAGCUGCCUUGUCUACAACAGCAUGAGCAACAUCAACCACCAGGCCCUGGAGCAGCUGCACUAUGUGACCGAACUCACAAAUCUGAUCAGGAGAAAAUGCUGUUCCUUCAGUGUUUGCUCUUUCUGCACUUCUGCAGGCGAGGAUCCCCAAAUCCAAAAUUCCAACCUGCCCAGAGAGAUGAUCAGGAGUUUCUUUCCAAAAUGGAAGUGCUUUGUCUUUGACCGGCCUGUCAGUGACAGAAAACUACUAGUCCAUAUUGAGGACGUGCCAGAUGACCAACUGGAUGGGAGUUUUCAGAUGCAAUGCAAAGCAUUCUGUUCUUAUGUCUUCACUCAUGCAAAACCCAAGACCCUAGGAGAGGGGAUCACGGUCACUGGGGGAGGGCUGGGGACGCUGGUGAUGACCUACGUGGACACCAUCAACAGUGGGGCAGUUCCUUGUUUGGAGAAUGCAGUGAUGACUCUGGCGGAGCGUGAGAACUCAGUGGCCGUGGAGAAGGCAGCCGCCCACUACAGCGAGCAGAUGGCCCAGCACCUGAGCCUCCCCACGGACACGCUGCAGGGGCUGCUGGAGGUGCACGUGGCCUGCGAGAGGGAAGCCAUCGCAGUCUUCAUGGAGCACUCCUUCAAGGAUGACAAGCGGGAGUUCCAGAAGAAGCUUGUGGGCACCAUCCAGAAAAAGAGGGAAGAAUUCUUGGUGCAGAAUGAAGAGGCCUCUGUCAAAUACUGUCAGGCUGAGCUUCAGAAGCUUUCAGAGCCCUUGAUGGAAGGUCUUAUGGAACGAACUUUCUUUGCUCCUGGAGGACACAAGCUCUACUUAGAAGCAAGGGACAAGGUUGAACAGAACUAUAAGCUGCUGCCCAGGAAAGGAGUCAAGGCAAACGAGGUCCUGCAGAGCUUCCUGCAGUCCCAAGCAGAAGUGGAGGAAGCCAUCCUGCAGGCAGACAAAGCCCUCACAGAUGCAGAGAAGGCCGUGGCAGGUAUGGCGCAGGGAUGAGCCCACAGACGGGAAGGUGGUUCCUGGGCG